CCUGAUUUCAUUCCAUCUUCCUCCACCUCUCCUCCCCUCACCACCUCUCUCCUUCCACUUCCCCAUUCAUAUUCUUUCCUUUUGGGAAUUGCGCGGACUGGUUCUUCGCAUUCCUCCUUCGUUUCCCCCUCCCCCUUUCGAUAUUGUUGGAUCCCCCUCCCCCUCCUUAACCCCCCUAACGGGGUCUGCGCGACCGCCGCCAUGACGUCCCUCAAACAAUUCAUCCGGAACGUUCGUUCGGCCAAGACCAUCGCCGAUGAGCGGGCCGUCAUUCAGAAAGAGAGUGCCGCUAUUCGGGCCUCCUUCAGGGAGGAAAGCCAUGACUCCGGCAUCCGGAGAAACAACGUGGCCAAACUACUCUACCUCUUCACCCUGGGCGAGCGCACGCAUUUCGGCCAGAUCGAGUGUCUGAAGCUGCUCGCCUCCCACCGCUUCGCCGACAAGCGUCUGGGCUAUCUGGGCACCAUGCUGCUGCUGGAUGAGAACCAGGAAGUUCUGACCUUGGUCACGAAUUCACUCAAGAACGAUCUCAACCAUUCCAACCAAUACAUCGUCGGCCUCGCCCUCUGCGCCCUCGGAAACAUUGCCUCGAUCGAAAUGUCCAGAGAUCUGUUCCCCGAGAUCGAGAACCUCCUGUCGACCGCCAACCCAUAUAUUCGGAGAAAGGCCGCCCUAUGCGCCAUGCGUAUAUGUCGCAAGGUCCCCGACUUGCAGGAGCAUUUCUUCGAGAAAGUCAAGACCCUCCUCUCGGACCGGAACCACGGUGUCCUGCUGUGUGGCCUGACCUUGGCGAUUGACAUGUGUGAGGCAGAGGAGAUGGAGGAAGGCCAGGAGGGCGUGAUUGAGAUGCUUCGGCCCCUGGCCGGCGGGCUGGUGCGUGCGCUGAAGGGAUUGACUACGUCCGGGUAUGCCCCGGAGCACGACGUCUCCGGCAUCACGGAUCCCUUCCUGCAGGUCAAGAUUCUGCGCCUGCUCCGGGUUCUGGGACGAGGCGACCCCGCGACCAGCGAAUUGAUCAACGACAUCCUGGCCCAGGUCGCGACCAACACCGAUUCGUCCAAGAACGUGGGUAAUGCCAUUCUCUACGAGGCCGUUCUCACCAUCUUGGACAUCGAAGCCGAUUCGGGUCUGCGGGUCUUGGGUGUCAACAUCCUGGGCAAGUUCCUCACCAACAAGGACAACAACAUCCGCUACGUCGCCCUCAACACGCUGAACAAGGUUGUGGCCAUCGAACCCAACGCCGUGCAGCGACACCGCAACACCAUCCUGGAAUGUCUCCGCGACCCUGACAUCAGCAUCCGCCGGCGUGCGCUGGACCUGAGCUUCAUGCUGAUCAACGAAGGCAACGUGCGGGUGCUGGUGCGCGAGCUCCUCGCCUUCCUGGAGGUUGCCGACAGCGAGUUCAAACCAACCAUGACCACCCAAAUCGGCAUCGCCGCCGACCGGUACGCGCCCAACAAGCGCUGGCACGUCGACACGAUCCUGCGCGUGCUCAAGCUGGCCGGCGCCUACGUCGAGGAGCAGAUCCUGUCCUCGUUUGUACGCCUGAUCGCGACCACCCCGGAACUGCAAACCUACUCCGCCCAGAAGCUGUACGUGUCGCUGAAGGAGGACAUCUCUCAGGAGGGCCUGACGCUGGCGGGCACGUGGGUCAUCGGCGAGUUCGGCGACAACCUCCUCCAGGGCGGACAGUACGAGGAAGAGGAGCUGGUCAAGGAUGUCCGCGAGAGCGACCUCGUCGAUCUGUUCAAUAACAUUCUCAACAGCACCUACGCCUCGCAGACGGUGGUCGAGUACAUCAUCACCGCGUCGAUGAAGCUGACGGUGCGGAUGAACGACCCGGCCCAGGUCGAGCGUCUCCGCCUCUUCCUCAACAGCCGCACGGCCGAUCUCAGCGUCGAGAUCCAGCAGCGCGCUGUAGAAUACACCAACCUCUUCGGCUACGACCAGAUCCGCCGCGGCGUCCUGGAACGGAUGCCGGCGCCCGAGAUCCGCGAGGAACAGCGGGUUCUGGGCGCGCCGACGAAGAAGCGCCCCUCCAAGGGUCUCAAGACCAAGAAGCCCGCGAAGCCAUCCGAGCAGGACAUCCUCCUCGACCUCAUGGGCGGGUCCGACGAGCCAACGACCAGCCCCAGCGGCGCCGGGUCCCAGAACACGGCCGAUCUGCUAGCCGACAUCCUCGGCGGCGACUCAGGCACGUCCUCGCCCACCCCGCAGUCCCAGCCAUCAGGCAAGAGCGCCAUCAUGGACCUCUUCGGCACGAACGGGGGCUCGCAGUCGCCGCAGCCGCCGUCCACCGACCUCCUGGCGGGCCUCGGGGGCGCGACGUCGACGUCGCCGGCCCCGGCUGCGGCGCACGCGGUCUUCGACAAGAACGGACUGUCCCUCUCGCUGCAGGUCCAGCGGAGCAACAGCGGCAACGCACAGAUCACCGCGCGGUUCCGCAACGGGUCGGAUUUCAGCCAGUUUUCGAGCGUGGGGUUGCAGGCGGCUGUGCCGAAGAGUCAGCGUCUGCAGCUUAGCGCGAUUAACAAGGCUGAGUUGGAAGCUGGGGAGGAGGGAGUGCAGAUGUUGAAGGUGUCUUCUUUGUCAGGGUCCCUUCCACCUAAACUCCGCCUCCGUCUACGCGUGACAUACGCACAGGACGGAUCCGCCGCCGUGACGGACCAAGUCGACUGGUCUGAGCCGUGAAGGGCAGACAUACAGUGGGGCGAUAGGGGGCGUGUCAGAUGGGCAAUACAAUACAAUACAAUGGUAAGGGUAGGAUAGGAUAUGGUGGUAGAUACACGUACAUUUAAU